AAGACUGGAGCGACCCAAGAGACUAGACAUCUGUGGUCCAGUCGUCGACUCGUUGGAAGCAACACUGCCAAGAAUGAUGAAGCUCUUAUUCGUAAGCACAGCCACCCUGUUGCUGGUGAUGGCGGCCGGACAAAAGACCGACACUGCAAAGAAGCCGAAGCAGAUAUGGCCGAUGGAGUAUCUUCUCAACAAGGCUUCCAGGGACAUAGGCUCGGAGGAGCUGAACGCGACUGUAGAGGCCUCCAACCGCACCCGAGCCAACGACACCAGCGCUCAGCCUAAGCAUUCCUUCUUAGAAGAUGACCUCUACAACUCGGACCCGCAGGCGAGAUCAGCCCUGUCGGUCAUUGGAUCACUCCUCCCCCAAGCCAUCCCCUUAGUAGUGCCGGCUGUAAAGGAUCUCUACAACCGUAUCUUCGGCAGGGACGCCCUGGCGCUGCAGUCUGCCGGCGCCGAACAGGACCUCAUGUCCUUGCUGCCCUUCAUCGUCACCGCAGAGCAGGGCGGUAUCUCCUACCUCGCCAAGCCGUCUGCUCCUGGCGUGGUCGCCUCUCCCGGGGUGCCGUACAUCUACCACGUGUCCUCGCCUGCCGCCUACCAGCCUGCCUACCAGCCCGCCUACCAGCCCUACCAGCCAUACCAGCCCUACCAGCCCGCCUACCAGCCUGCUGUCUCCCUGCUGGCGCCCUCUCUCAGCCCUUCAGAGACCCGCCCCGGGGUGUCGCUCCAGCCAAUCACAUACAAGGCUAAGGGCCUAAGUAGGUGCCUUCAAUUUCCUGUCUUUAUUUGCUAGUGAGAUUACAAGAUAUAAUCUCCACUUGAAGAAAGAGAGAAUUCAUGUGUACUCGUGGUGGAAUUAUUAAAACGUGCUGAAUUCUA